AUGGAUGCCUUCGAGGACUGUCCCUGUGCACUGAACCCGAAGUGCGCGCCCAGCCCCCCGGACGGCGCAGACGCCCAUACAAUCAAGGUAUGGGGGCCACCUGGCCCCGCCAAUCCCGGUGAUUGCGCGCGUUCGGGAUCCUCUUCACCUCGGGCGAGCUCACUUGCCAAUCAGUUCUCGCACCGCAAAGAAAGCAAUCUUUCCAGAUCAUCUCAGGCUAUUUGCGCCGACCUCCAGGUGUGGAACAUUUCCCCACAGCGCAGGUCAGGGACAGGCCACGCCGGCGGCGACCCGGGGACCGGAGCGGGCGGCGGGCGGCGGUGGGGCCGGCGGCCGGCUGCCUCCGCCCGGGGGAGCGAGGCGGCCCCGCGGCGCGCGCCCAAGGGUCCGGAGCAGUCCCCGCCGGUGGGUCAGGCCCGGGACGCCGCGGGCCAGAGGUCGUCGCCGCGGAGCCCCGAGCAGGCCAAGGAGAGGCCGCGCUUCCAGUUCUUAGAGCAGAAGUAUGGUUAUUAUCACUGCAAGGAGUGCAACAUCCGAUGGGAAAGUGCCUACGUGUGGUGUGUGCAGGGCACCAACAAGGUUUACUUCAAGCAGUUUUGCAGAACUUGUCAGAAGUCGUAUAACCCUUACCGAGUGGAGGAUAUCACGUGUCAAAGCUGUAAACAGACUAGAUGCUCCUGCCCUGUAAAACUUCGCCACGUUGACCCCAAAAGGCCCCACCGUCAGGAUUUGUGUGGGAGAUGCAAGGGGAAACGCCUAUCCUGUGACAGCACUUUCAGCUUCAAAUACAUCAUUUAAAUGAAUGUAAACAGAUGGUCCAGCUUGAACGUGAGCUAGUGAAGCAGACCAGUUAGCUUUCUUCCAUGCCCCUUCUU